AAGAGCUCCACCCUCGGCCACUGCCACAGCUGCUCUGCCAAUAAAUAAGAGCGAAGCGUUUUCCCUUUGUGUAUCUCCAACAUGGAUGCUUUUCAGGGGAUUUAAAAAUUCAUCCUCAACCAGAAAACUGUUAUUGGCUACAGCUUUUUGGCUCUGCUGACUGUGGGAGGCGAGCGUCUCUUUUCACUCGUGGCUUUUAAGUGUCCCUGCAGCACUGAGAAUGUUGUGUACGGAUUGGUUUUCCUUUUUGCUCCUGCCUGGGUGUUACUGAUCCUGGGAUUCUUUCUGAACAGCAGGUCAUGGAGACUCUUCACAGGCUGCUGUGUGAAUCCCAGGAAAAUCUUCCCCAGGGGCCACAGCUGCUGCUGCUUCUAUGUCCCCGGUCAGAUCACUCUGAGUUCAUUGGUGGCUCCAGUGAUGUGGCUUUCUGUGGCUUUGCUCAAUGGGACAUUUUAUGAAUGUGCCAUGAGUGGGACCAAAAGUUCAAGACUCCUGGGGCUGAUUUGCAAGGACAAGCCCAAAGAGUGCUGGGACGAACUUCACAAGGUACCUCGCGGCAAAAUCAGCAUGACCCCUACGGACAACGAAGAACUGAAACUGUCCCUGCAAGCCCAGCCUCAGGGGUACAAAGGGGAACAGAGCAAGUGCGUGGGUGUUUAUAUAAGGCAGUUCUUGUCCGCCAUAUUUCUGGACCAAAUGUCCACCCUGUUCGCUGUGAAUCUGACCCUCCAGGGCUGCCCAGACUCUUCUGAUGAGUGACCCAGUCUGUCACUUGGCUUCUUCCCACCCUUCAGCUCCCUGCGUGAGU